AAUGGAAGCUGAGCUGAGGAGGCUUCAGUUAGAGCUCAAGCAAACAAUGGACAUGUAUAAUAUAGCCUGCAAAGAGGCAAUCACAGAAAAAAAUAAGGCAAAGGAACUUAACCUAUGGAAAUUGGAAAAAGAAUAUAAAUUAGAAGAGGCACGAUUAGCUGAGGAAAUGGCAUUGAAACUAGUGGAGAAAGAGAAAGCAAAAUGUAAGGCAGCUACCAAGGAAGCAGAAGCAGCUCAAAGGGUUGCCAAAUUGGAAGCACAAAGAGCAAGGAUUGCAGAAAUGGAAGCUCUGAAACAAUCAGAGGCGAAGAAGGUAUCAGAAGCAAUGACAUAUGAUCUAAGGUACAGGAAAUACACAAUUGAGGAGCUUGAAGCAGCAACAAAUGGUUUUUCACAAGCUUGCAAAAUUGGUGAAGGAGGCUAUGGGCCAGUAUACCUGGGUGAAAUAGACCAUACACGAGUGGCAAUAAAAGUUCUGCGUCCUGAUGCAGCUCAAGGACGGUUGCAGUUCCAGAAAGAGGUUGAAAUAUUGAGCUGCAUACGGCAUCCAAACAUGGUUCUCCUUCUUGGAGCCUGCCCUGAGUAUGGUUGCCUGGUCUACGAGUACAUGGCUAAUGGUAGCUUAGAGGAUUGUCUCUUCCGGCGAUGUAACAAACAAGUUAUUCCUUGGCAGCUAAGGUUCAGAAUUGCUGCUGAUAUCUGCACUGGGCUUUUGUUUCUUCAUCAAACUAAGCCAGAACCCCUAGUACACCGUGAUCUAAAACCCGGAAACAUUUUGCUAGACCAUAACUAUGUUGGCAAGAUAAGUGAUGUAGGUUUGGCCAGGCUUGUCCCUCAAUCAGGAUCUGAUUCGGUCACUCAGUAUUGCAUGACUGCAACAGCAGGAACAUUCUGUUAUAUCGAUCCUGAGUAUCAGCAAACAGGCAUGCUUGUAACAAAGUCUGAUGUCUACUCACUUGGUGUCAUUCUUUUACAACUAAUAACAGCCAACCCACCAAUGGGUCUGACUCUUCAAGUUGAGAAAGCUAUUGAGAUGGGGAACUUUGCUCAAAUUCUUGACCCUGCUGUUCCUGACUGGCCUGUUGAAGAAGCCUUAAAGUUUGCCAAACUAGGUUUACUGUGUGCAGAAAUGAGGCGGAAAGACAGACCGGAUCUUGGGAAGGUUGUGCUACCGGAGCUCAAUAGAUUGAGUGAACUUGCCCAAGAUAGCAUGAAUGGUAUCAUGCGUAGUAGUAGAGGUGCUGGUGGAGUAAUCUUACCAAGACAAGGACAACACCCCAGUUUGAAACUACAAGAUGUCUUGAAUGACCUACAUCCAUCGCAAUCAAGCCAUUCAAGCAGAUCAUCAUAUACAGAUGGAAGUCAUUCACAAUUUUAGGAACUUCUUUUUGUUAAAAGUCAGAUCUGCUUUCAAUUUGAA